AUGGAUUUCGAAGCAAAUUUCACAGACGAUAUCUUUUACGAUGCAACUGAUGGUGCAGACCAAGACAUGGAUAUUUGGGAAAAAAUUGUCUGUGAGGAUUUUUCUUCAAUAUCGCCAAAUGAUAAUGAGGACGAUAAUGAAAUAAAUAUAGACUGGAAUGACAUAACCUUUGACGAUCUAAACGAGUUGAUGCCAAACGAAAGUGAAGAAGCUGACAUAACCAUUGACAAUUCAGACAAAAAUGAAGAAGCUGACGAUAACAAAAUGAGACCCUGCAACAACACUUAUAAAUUACGAUCGUUAAAGCAGUUGAUAGGGACAUGGGAAAUAGAUGGAAAUGCAAUCAAAAAUAAAACGGCUGACGAGCAACCCGGAGUUUGUGAUUCUCAUUUCCAGUUUGACAUGAAAGAUCUGCAUGAAGAAGGUGCUAAACAAUUGAUUGAUUCCGAGAAUGGCUAUAUUCAUUACCGUAUCUGCCUUUUCUGUAACAAAUUAAAAUGUUUUUUCAGCCGUGGAAAAUAUUGCAGAGAACAUUCAUGGAAAAUCAAUGAUCGCAACAUCCAAAUACCUUGCAUUGGCAACUUAAAGUGUAAGGCGUUUUCUGAGGGAUCUAUUGUACAAAAAACAUUGUCAUCAUAUAAUGCACGUUAUAUUUGUUCUGCGUGCUAUGAGCAGCAGGGUGGACAUUUAUAUAUCAGACGCGGUAAAGGCCAUAACGCUGUAUCAUGCCACGAACUUGGAAAACAUAACGACGACCAGAAAAAAGCUAUAAGACAUUUUGGAAAUUGGGUGAUGUCAGUAGCAGAGUUCGGUGAUGAUACACUACAAAAAAGAUUUCUAUCGUUACUGCCUCAGAUGUUUACGAUUUUCGAUGAACCCACCACAACGCCAGCAGAACCAUUGAGUGAACUAUCUGUUAAAAUUGCAUUAAAACUGGGUGAACGUAAAUUAAAAAAUGCAAUAAAGAGGCCUUACGCGUACACGUCAGAAAAUAUUCAAACUAUGGGACAGAAUUUUGGCAGAAGUAUUUUUUCUUCACGCUCUGAAAUUAGGCAAAAUGUACACCAAUUGGAGGAACCGAGUUCAUUUGAGAAAUAUUCUGAGGCAAUACCAAGUCCACUCCGUAAUUUUUUCGAAUCACUUUUUACAGUACUAUUUGAGAAAAGGCUGGCAGUUGUUAACAAAAAACGAGAGCAGCGCGGCAUAUCUCCAAGACUACUCGACACAGAUCAUAUAACAAAAGUAACGACAUUAUACGCAUCUAUGUUACUUACAAUUGCCUUUCCCGGAUUAAAAGUAUGGUUCACGCACAUGCUGUCUUCGCUAUGUCAGAAACCAAAAUUACUGCCACGUAAGAUUCUUUACACUGCGGGUAUUGUUUCUUAUACUAGACGACAUGAACGCAGCCUUGAGCGUUACAGAAGGAUUCAUACAGACCCUACAGUCAAUAUAAUUAAAGGACCAGGAAUAUUUAAUCUGGCAGUAAUUGACAAUAUAGACUUUAAGGCUGCUACAUUUGCGCGAGGGAACAUAUUUGAUGUGACAAGGCAAUCUUCACACGCAUUAUUACGAAUGUUAUUUCAAUUUACUCUUCCUGAACCUCUCGGCGAUACAAUGGACAUUGACUCAGUUAGUCUACCAUUAUUCAGUGAAUCCUCGUUUACUGAUAAGCUUCUACAAAACUAUGAGUCUACAUUCAAUACUAUGUUAGAUGAUUACAGAAAUGAGUUUGACACGGAAGUGCUCUCAGAAAUUGCCAAGCAAGUACAAAUAGGCUGUAAUGUACCACAACCAAAUGUUGUGAUAUUGGAACCUGGAAAGGCACCAAAUUGUGAUGACAAUGUUCACGAUGCUUGUGAAAUGUACUGGGAUGAGUUAUCAAUCAGUAGUAACGAACAAUUAUAUAUUGCAUGUGAUCAAGCAAUUUUUGCGCGGUUAAUUUCUUAUAAGGAAGAACACCCAAACGUCCAG